UCCGUGUCUGCGCCAUUAUGGCUCGUUCGUGUGUGUUUGCGUAAAGGCGCCAUAGUUGUGGCCGACCUGCCUCUCCUCUUCCUCACACCCCCUCCUCUCCCCCUGUGAUAGUCUCUGCCUCUCUUGUUCGCAGAGUUCGUGUGCGCGCUGCUCCACUGCGGUCCGUCUCUUGCGCAUGCAGAGACUUCGCGUCGGAGUGUCCCCACCUGCUCGCGCUUGGACAAACAAUCAACUCCAGCAUUAUUAUAUAUGGUUUUUUUUUAGACAAACAAAAACAACAACACUUUGGAUUUACUCCUUUCCCCGUACAACUCUCGUCUUCGGAAUCGACAGAGAAGGUGUGUGGGGGGAAAUAACCGGGACAUAUUGUUUUUUUCUCCAGUGAGAAGUAAUCACACGCAGCUGCACCGCGGAGAGAGAGCAGAGCAGAGGGAAGCGCCGUCUGUCCAGUGUUUGCAGCAACACUCCAAGUGAAAAUCCGCCUGGAAGCUAUACAGUUAUUUAUUUCGACUUCAGGAGGAAGCUGUGGAGCUCGUCGUCGCAGUUUUGUUUCUUUCCGAGAGAGAGAGGCAGAGAGAGAAAGAGAGAGAGGAAAAGAAACGAUAUGCGGCAGCUGUUUUUGCAGUUGCUCUCCUGGAAUUAGUGGAUGGAUGGUUAAAGGGAGCGGCUGUCGCCUUGUUGGAGCGGGGAAACUGAAUAUACUGUAUACAGAGCCCGCGGUGGUGCGCAAUGGAUACUCGUCCGUCUCUGAAGCCCUGUGCGUAUGCUGAUCCAUUCAUUCCAUAACCCGCCUCUCAAAGUGAGCUGGAAUAGGCUACCAGCCCUCUGUGACCCUGCUGAGGGUGAAAGAGUGAACAGAUGAGGUGGACCAAUUCUUCCUCAGCACACAAAAAUCACCUUGCAAACACUCAUCUGUGGGAGGAGGAGAACGACUUGGGAUUGUUUGUUGCCCGCAAGAGGAAUUCAAGGGUGACCUUAUACACGACUGACCGAGACAGAUGCGACAGCAACUGAAAUAAGCUGUCGUAUGAAUCAGAGUCCCACCUUCUGGCAAUGACUCAGCAUGUGCUUGGAUACCUGACCUGACCAAAACACUGAUUGCUGCUCACCUUGCUCUUUGAGUGUGAAUGUGUGGUCUUGAAGUAUUUCUGAGGGGCCAUAUGGCACAAUCCCAAGAUUUAUAGGUCCACUGUCUAUGAUCUAACAUGGACAAAGUGGUCAUCAGUCUCCUGCUUCUGGGAACCACAGUCAUGAUGGUCAACGCAUGUCCCAAAUACUGUGUUUGCCAGAACCUCUCAGAGUCUCUAGGGACUCUGUGCCCCUCCAAAGGCCUGCUCUUUGUCCCACCGGACAUCGACAGGCGAACUGUGGAGCUCCGGCUGGGCGGCAACUUCAUCCUCAAGGUCACCACUCAGGACUUUGCCAACAUGACAGGCCUGGUGGAUUUAACCCUGUCCCGCAACACCAUCAGCACCAUCCAGCCUUUCUCUUUCAUUGAUUUGGAAACCCUGAGAUCCCUGCACAUGGACACGAAUCGAUUGACCGAGCUGGGACCGGACGAUCUCCGAGGACUGAUCAACCUGCAGCACCUGAUACUCAACAACAAUCAGCUGAGUUGGAUCUCUGACACAGCCUUUGAUGAUUUGUUACUGACACUAGAGGAUCUGGAUUUGUCAUAUAAUAACUUGCACAGUGUGCCUUGGGACGCCGUCCGCAAAAUGGUCAACCUCCAUCAGAUGAGUCUGGAUCAUAAUCUCAUCGCCUUCAUAUCUGAAGGGACUUUUACUGAUCUGGAAAAGCUUGCCCGUUUGGACCUAACUUCAAACCGUCUCCAAAAGCUCCCUCCGGACCCUAUCUUUGCACGCUCCCAGAGCAAUGUUGUGUUGAGCACACCUUACGCACCUCCACUCUCCCUGAGCUUUGGUGGAAAUCCACUGCACUGCAAUUGUGAAGUGCUUUGGCUGCGAAGGCUGGAACGUGACGAUGAUAUGGAAACCUGCGCUUCUCCUGCGAGUCUAAAGGGACGCUACUUUUGGUCUGUUCGUGAGGAGGAGUUUGUUUGUGAGCCACCUUUGAUCACACAGCACACACACAAGUUGCUUGUUCUGGAAGGCCAAACAGCUAGCUUGCGCUGUAAAGCUGUUGGUGAUCCAAUGCCAACUGUGCAUUGGGUUGCUCCUGAUGAUCGUUUGAUUAGCAACUCUUCAAGAGCUACGGUGUAUGAGAAUGGAACCCUGGACAUAACAAUCACCACAUCCAAGGAUUAUGGUAUAUUCACUUGCAUAGCUGCUAAUGCAGCUGGUGAAUCUACAGCCUCUAUUGAGUUGUCAAUUAUUCAACUCCCCCAUCUGAGUAAUGGUACAAACCGUACCACACAACCCAAGUCUGGGCUUUCUGACAUAACUAGCUCUACCAAGAUAAGUAAAGGGGAGCCAAAACCUCUGCCAGAGAAGGCAGUAUCUGUGUCUGAAGUGACUGGCAUGUCAGCUCUGAUCAAGUGGACUGUUAGCAAAUCAACUCCAAAGGUCAAAAUGUUUCAGCUUCAGUACAAUUGUUCUGAGGAUGAAGUUCUUAUUUACAGGAUGAUUCCCAUGACACACAGAGCAUUCGUUGUCACAAACCUUGUCCCAGGGGUGCAAUAUGACCUCUGUGUCUUAGCCAUUUGGGAAGACACUGCCACCACCCUCACUGCCACCAACAUUGUUGGCUGUGUCCAGUUUAUCACCCCUGAGGACUACCCACAAUGCCAGUCCCUUCAUGGUGGAUUCAUGGGGGGGACCAUGAUACUGGUCAUUGGCGGCAUCAUUGUGGCAACACUGCUGGUGUUUAUCAUCAUCCUCAUGGUGCGCUACAAGGUGACCAACGGUAUCCACAUUAAUAAGUUACCCACUAUGAGCAACACAUACUCCCAAACCAAUGGAGGGUUGAACAGGUUCAAUGGUGCACCGCCACAGGUCAAGUCUACAGUAGUCGUCAUGCGUGAGGAAAUGGUCGAGUUCAAGUGUGGAUCCCUCCAGAGCAGCCUCUCCUCAUCAUCCUCCUCCUCUAACUCAUUAGACAGCCAAACAGGCAGAGGGGCUGGAGGUCGCUACAGCAUGCAAGGCAGUGAAUGCAGCACCCUACCCAGCACCAAAUUCCGGCGGCACGGGCAUGGCUCCAAGGCACGACCAAACCUGGACCACCUUUUAGGGGCGUUUACUUCCCUGGAGCUGCGAGGGGCAGCGAGGGACCAUCAAGGGACAUCUGGGCCUUCCACCACGUCCAAUACUAUGACCACGGUGGCUAUUGCUCCUCUGUCUGACAAAGAACCACUGCUAGGAAGGGCUGAGUCCACCACCAUGCUCGGACGUCUCCUAGGAUACCCCCAGGAGGGCAAGCCCAAGAGGAGCCACUCAUUUGAUAUGGGCCAUGUGGGGGCUGCACAAUGUCGCAGCAGCUACCCUCGCAGGAUCAGUAACAUCUGGACUAAACGCAGUCUGUCUGUCAACGGCAUGUUGCUGCAGUACGAUGACGGUGAGGAAGAGAAGCCCCCUUUUGAGAGCUCCGAGUGGGUGAUGGAGAGCACAGUUUGAGUACAGGGAUAAAUGUUCAUGGUUUACGGAACUAUAAACUUAUAUCAGGAACUUAAGGAACAUGAGUGCAGAGGGAGGGGUGUUUUAAUGCGAACUUUGGGUAUUGCAUGAAAUUCAUCCAUGUGAAUACUAAGUCUAAGUUUAUAUGUGUGAAAAGACACUGGAAAACGAUUCUGGGCUGUGAUCCCAAACACUCUAAAAUUCUCUUUCUGUAUUUCAAAAUAAAUAUUCCUAUUUGAGACAAUGCAGGAUCUUGGAUUGUGCAGACUCUACAUGACUCAAAUGGAAUAAUUGCGAGUCCACGGGGCACAGGACAGGAUCCCUGAGAAAAGAUGAGGAAAAAAGUAAGAUGAGAACAUCUAAGUGGAUUAUCUACAUAUUUAUCAGAAGAGAGCUGCCAAUGUGGAACUCGACCGAACCUUAAUCACAGUGUUGUGGAUCCUCGGCAUGAUUUGGGACUACUACUACACGUGAGGACCAAAGGAGCGGGUAGAAAAUUAAAACAAAGUCAUCUUUAUUUUCAUCUGGGUUUUGUAUCAUUUUUAUUACUAUUUAUUAUUUGAAUUUAUUCAUCAGCAGGCAGCGGCGCAGCCCUGUGCAGAGGUUGUAGUUGUCAGCAAGGAUCAAACACACAUGUUCUACAGUAUCCCUUCACAUAUGGCCAUCUCACAUCAUUUAGCAGUGCUUUCAAGGAAGUUUCAGUCACUAACUGGCAUAAUGAGAAAUAAGGGCCCGUUCAUAUGCAGCGUCAUUUGCAAGCACAUUAUUUUUAAUGCAGAUGCAUGCACGUCGCAACCUGCGCAACAUGUUUUUUCUGGUUGCCUCCAUGUCACAUCAAGAUAAAAAAUAUAUAUAUAUAAACUUUUUGGAAUGCAGCAAGUGGUUUCAUUGCAUUUUUAUAUACAUGGGCCAAAGAAGUAGGUCAAAGUAGGUUUUUGUUGACUCGGAAAUGAGCUUUGAUCCUCUCAUCAUCCAGACGCGGUUUUCCUGAAUCAGUUGGUGAAGGACAAAAUGACACAGGCAUGGCAAGAUUUUCUCUACUUUCUCCACACACAUUGUUUGUGUUUUGAUUUCCAUUCAGUAAAGCUGCAGCAAUGUCAGUCAUCUCAGCAGCUCCCAGCUUUUGGGGUUGCUUAGUUACGACGGAUUGGUACAGAAGCGCAAUCCCACAAGCCCCAUUUGUUGGAAAACACCUCUGGCUUCUUCAAUGUGUGUUUCAAACAUUUGUAGAUGCUACAUGUGGAUGACCCCUAAUUGUUCUACUUCUUAGAUAUGAAAAAUAAACUUUAACACAAGAAGCAAGCCUCAGGUUAUAUAAGGUUAUUGAUAUUACAGAAAUGAAUGAAUAGUCUCCAAUGACUUAUGUUUCCAGCUUAGGUUAAAUUCCUGCUGUAACAAAAAUAUCUCUCCGAAUGCUUUGAUAUUGUCCCUCCAUUGAUUAUCAUUGGCGACAUGAGUCCCAGCAGAGUGUUGCUGUAAGCAGAGUGUUCUCUCAGGGUUUGGUUUCAGAUGCAGAUGAACAUACUAAAGUAGCAAGAUGUGAAUGUUCUUUGAACUCCAUGAGAUCCACUUAACCACUUGAUAAAAGGUAAAAUGGAGGAAAGUAAGAAAACUAUAUAAUCCAGGUUAAUAAAACAGAAAAAAAAAUGUAAUUCUGCUGCACAGGAGAGGUCAGAGGACAUAAAGGGGAGGAAAAAAUAGGAGAAAGAUACUUGACUUAACCGAACAGUUUAUGACUUUAAGUCUUUAAUUUGUUGUAUUGUGAAUCAACUCAUCAGAGCAAUCAUUAAUCUAUCUUUGAUUCUCCUUCAGAUUGCAGUGUGACACUUCAACCACGGCAUCCCCACACAUUCUGAUGCCUUUCUCAAAACCCUCUUGCUCUCUGCUGCUUUUCCAUGAUGUGGGGUGGUCAUCAUUGUUAUGAUUUUUAUUUAUAAUUUCAUGUUUUUGUUUCCUUCCCUAGGUGUACUGUUCUGUAUAUUGGCAUUUUUGUAUAAUAAUUGGGUGAGAAUGUAAAGGGGGGCCAGAGUGUCGUGAAAUAGUACUUUUAUUUUCAUGUUAAGCAAACAGUGAGAAGGUGCUUUACUGUGGUGUACCAACUUGGUCAUUUUUAGUUGGCUCACUGGAACAGUGUUUUUACAUGACACCAAGAGUGAGAAGUGAAGGACUGGCUAUUUUUGUUUACAGCCCAUUCACCCAAAUUACGAAAGUAAAGAAAGGUUGUUGUCCAGUAUCUUACAACCUCUAGUUGUACUCACAUGCAAAUAAGCUUGGUUUUAUUUGCACAUGGUUUGGGAUACACCUCUAUUGCAUUCAUGUCAGUGUAUCAUAGGUAAGGGAGUGCAUGUAAAUCAUAUCAACGAUGUUGUUCCUUUAUGGAGUUUUAAAUUUGCAAAUAAAAAGACAACAUUGGAUUUGUUUUUUAGUGUUCAGCUCAGUGUCAGUUUGGUGUGUAUUCACAGCAGCUGUUUGGUUGACAAAACACUUUUUCACUGGGUGAUGUUUCUUUAUGACAUUGACCACACACACGCUCGGUCACUGCAGUUUAUUUUGAGUCGGUCCAACACUGCUCCAGAAAAUAGUCCCCAGACAAAUGCACCGUGUAAUGUAAAACAGUGAUGCUUAUGCUCAUAACAACAGUGUCACUUAUGUAAUUGUUAUUUCAUCCAUAUUGCAAUUAAUUACUUUUUUUUUACUUCUGAAAUUUGGGACCAAAUAUUAAAACAAAUAUUUCAGGAGGAAACAGGUACAGUAGUAUCUCAAAAUCAGAGCAAAUGGAACAACAUUUUCCAUCGCUUUACUUCACAGCUUAACAGGUUGAUGAAAGGUUAUUUUAUUUGUAAUCUGGGUGAACAAACCUUGUAACCUCUCUACUUGUGGCAUCAUGUAACAAUGCUGUCUUCUCUGCUAACUAAGAACACCAUUUAACUGUGUACUUGACUCAACAUAGACUUGAUUCUCACCUGAGGUUCUAUAGGGUAAAAAUAAGAUAUAAAAAAAAAAAUGUUUCUGUGUGAAAAGAUUUUGCUACAAAAGAAUAUAAAAA